AUGUAUUACGCCGGACUGCAAGCAAAAAUAAAAGAAGCCAAUCCCUUAGCAAAAUUUGUACCAUGCUCUGCGCAUUCCCUUAACCUGGUUGGAACUAAUGCAGUUGAUUGUUGUACUCAAGCCGUUUUAUUCUUCGAUUUACUUCAAAAUGUUUACACGUUUUUCACAGCUUCUACUCACCGCUGGAAAGUUCUAAACGCUUCUGUUAAGGGACUUUCAGAAACAAGAUGGUCUGCUAGAGAUAACGCUUGCCAAUCUCUGAACAAAAACUGGUCUUUAAUUAUUAAUGCAUUAAAUUUAAUAAAUAAUGAUGAUACUGAGAAAACACUUACUCGAAAUGAAGCUAGUGGAAUUCUCAACAAGUUAAAUAAUUUAGAAACUGCAUUCCUAUCUAUAUUCUGGGGUCAAAUAUUACACCGAUUCAACUUAACGAGCAAGAAAUUACAAGCUGUCAAUAUCGAUUUGGGUGUAGUGUGUGAAUUGUAUAAAUCAUUAAUAACAUAUAUCAUUGAUUUACGAUCUGAUAAAAACUAUGAGUAUUUUAAACAAUGUGCAAUUGAAAAAAGGCCAUCUAAAGAAACAACAGUUGAAUACUCUGAUUUUAAAGUGAAAACUUAUUUUGUUGUACUUGAUCAACUGCGGUCACAACUAGAAAAAAGAAAUGAAAAAUAUGAAAAUCUACUUAAAAAUUACAACUUCUUUUUCAAAUUAACAGAGAUGACAUCAAUUAAAGUCCGAAAGAAUGCUGAAAUACUACAAAAUGAAUAUAAAGAUGAUCUCAGUACUUUAUUUGCUAAUGAAUGUGUUCAUUUUAGGAGCCACUUAUUAAGUAUCGGUGACGAGGCUCCUAAGACUAUCCAGGAUAUGUGUGGUGUUUUGAGAAAAAAUGAUUUAAUAGGAAUGUACCCUUAUAUAGAUGUAUCUCUCAGAAUGCUAUUAUGUACUCCUGUAAGUAAUUGCUUGACCGAACGGUCAUUCUCAUGUUUAAAACGUGUCAAAACAUAUCUGAGGUCUUGUAUCUCAGCAGAGAGACUCAGUGAUUUAGCUAUUAUGAAUAUAGAAUUUGAUGUAACAGCUAAAAUUGAAUUUGAUGAUAUUAUCAAUGAAUUUGCUACACUACAAAGUAGAAGAAAAAUUUAG